AAGUUGCCUUCCAGCCUUGGCAGUUGACUUCUUACAUUUCUCUAAGCUCACGAACAUGGAAGGAAGAGGAGACAGAGAAGAAGCUCAAAGUCCGAGGAAACAUGGUGGUUGGAUCACCUUCCCCUUCAUCAUAGGAUCUUUUGGUUGCACGUCGCUGGCCAGUGGUGGAUGGCUUACAAACUUGGUUGUGUAUCUGAUUCAAGAGUACAACGUUAAGAACAUCGAUGCCACUUUGAUUUCCAACGUUGUUAGUGGCUGUUUCAGUGUGUUUCCUGUCGUGGGAGCUGUUAUUGCUGACUCUUUCUUGGGAUCUUUCUCUGUCGUAGCUAUUUCCACUUCCAUUUCUCUUUUGGGCAUGAUUUCACUAACAUUAACAUCAACAAUCCAAUCUCUAAGGCCUCAACCAUGCGACCACAACAAUGCCUUAAUCCCAUGUUCUUCAUCUCCUUCAAACCUCCAAUACUCAAUUCUAUACUUAAGCCUUAUCCUCGCAUCUCUUGGAGCUGGUGGCUCUCGUUACACCACAGCAACCUUAGGAGCAAACCAACACGACAACAUAAAAGACCAAAACAUUUUCUUCAAUUGGUUUUUUGUCACUCUCUACAGUGCGUUUCUUGUUAGCUCCACUGCCAUCGUCUACAUUCAGGACAAUAUCAGCUGGGGAUGGGGCUUUGGCAUCUCCCUUGCAUCCAACGCCAUUGGCCUAGCCAUUUUCUUGCUCGGAACUCGCUUCUAUCGCCUUGAUAAGCCGAGAGGAAGCCCCUUCACCACACUCGCUCGAGUUCUUGUCGCCGCCUCUCGGAAAAGGCUGACAACACCACUCUCGACCACCGCGGGGAAUGAUGAUGGUUACUAUUAUGGUGAGGAGCAUCAUGUGGGGAAGGUGGUUGUGGAUGGAGUGCUCACAAAGAGUUUUAGGUGUUUGAAUCGAGCCGCUCUAAUAACUGAUGGGGAUGUUCAUUUGGAUGGCUCGAUUGCAAAACCUUGGAGGUUAUGUAAAGUAAAAGAAGUGGAAGACUUCAAAACCCUACUUAGAAUCUUCCCUCUAUGGUCGACGAGUAUUUUCCUCUCGGUCCCUAUAGUAAUGCAAGGAAGCUUAACCAUCCUUCAAGCCCUAACCAUGGACCGUCACCUCGGCCCGAGCUUCAAAAUCCCUGCUGGGUCUUUCAUUGUCGUCGUCUUCAUCUCCACCACUACCUUUCUAGCCAUAAUCGAUCGGUUUCUCUACCCGAUUUGGCAGAGGUUGGUCGGACGACUUCCUCGACCACUCCAACGAGUCGGUCUCGGUCAUGUUUUCAAUUUUGUUGGGAUGAUAGUAUCAGCAUUGGUAGAAUCCAAGAGGCUAAAAGUUGCCCAUGCCCAUGCACACCACCUUGAUGGCCAGCCUGAGGCAAUAGUGCCAAUGUCAGCCUUGUGGCUUUUCCCACAGCUAGUUUUGGUUGGCAUUGGAGAAGCUUUUCAUUUUCCGGGUCAAGUUGGAUUGUACUAUCAAGAAUUCCCGACGUCGCUGCGUAGCACGGCCACGGCGAUGAUCUCGUUGGUCAUCGCCAUUUCAUAUUAUCUUGGCACGGCUUUGAUUGAUCUACUUCAUAAGGUUACGAGAUGGUUACCUGAUGAUAUCAAUCAAGGGAGACUUGACAAUGUUUAUUGGCUCGUAUUUGUGAUUGGUGUCAUUAAUUUUGGAUAUUAUUUAGUUUGUGCUACGUGGUAUAAGUAUCAAAAUGUUGAAAUCGCUAUGGAGGAUGAUUCUAUAAUCGAAGACUGAGAGCUCAGGUUAGUGUCGAAGAAUCGAGAUCGAAGUUAAAUUAUUAAG